UCCCCUCCGAUCUGAUGCCGUUCCCGUCGCCGUCUCCUUCCCCCUCCACGUCCCUCUCCCCGCACGCGGCGCGGACCACCCCUGCCCUCCCUACACGGUCGCACGAGAAACCCAGGCGCUAGCUAGCUCACCGGUGUAGACCCCGAUCCAUGACUUAUAUUAUUGCAGCUGCUCCGGAAGCCAUAACUAUAAGCCGAGUACAGCCUGAGUUUCGCCGGCUGCUGUGCUGCGAGAUCACCAUCCCCGCCUGUUCCAGCUCCACCAUGGCGGCGGCGGCGGCUGUUACUGCCGUGCGCGUGCUGGUGCCCGUGCUGCUUCUCGCUCUGGCUCGAGGCGGCGGCUCAGCGCCUGCCGCACCCGUCCAGUUCACGUUCACCGGCUUCGCGCGCGAGAACGUGACGACCAGCGGCGCGGCCGCCGUGGCCACCGGCGGCGGCCUCCUGCAGCUCACCAACGCGACCAACUGGGUGUUCGGCCACGCCUUCUACCCGGCGCCGCUGCGCUUCAAGGACCCCGCCACGGGCGCGCCGAUCUCCUUCUCCACCACCUUCGUCGCCGCCAUCCUGCCGCGGUACCCGGACGCGCACGGCCACGGGCUCGCCUUCGCGCUCGCGCCGUCCGCGGCCGGCCCGGCUCAAGCCGUCGCGGGGAAGUAUCUCGGCCUGUUCAACACGUCGGACAACGUCGGCAACGGGACCACGAGCGAGGUCGUCGCCGUCGAGCUCGACACGGCGAUGGACGUGGAGUUCGACGACAUCAACAACAACCACGUCGGGGUCGACGUCCACAGCCUUAGGUCCGUAGCGUCCAAGUCCGCCGGGUCCGUCGACGUCGCCCUGGCCAGCGGGAAGCUCCUGCAGGUGUGGAUCGAGUACGACGGCGCGACUACGCGCCUCGAGGUGACCGUGUCGGCGGCGGCGGUUGGCGUGCCCAGGCCGCCCGUCCCGCUCGUGUCUUGCAAAGUCAACCUCUCGUCGGCGGUGGCGGACCAAACGUACGUCGGCUUCUCGGCCGCGAACGGCGCCGCCUCGAGCUCGCACUACGUUCUUGGCUGGAGCUUCCUUCUCGGCGGUGGCCGCGCGCCGGACCUCGACCUGUCCAAGCUGCCGCGGCUCCCGCCGCCGCCGUCUGGGCACAAGAAGGCGACGGAGCUGCCGCUGCUCCUAUCACUCAUCCUCCUCGCCGUCGUGGUGCUCCUCGUGGCGUCAGCGGCCGUCACUCUAUGCGUCGUCUGGCGCCGCCGGCGGUUCGCCGAGGAGCAGGAGGACUGGGAGGUCGAGUACGGCCCUCACCGGAUCAGCUACAGGGACCUGCACGCCGCCACCAGGGGUUUCCGCGACGUCAUCGGCGGCGGCGGCUUCGGCGUCGUGUACCGCGGCAUGCUCCCGCCGCAGCCUGGCGGUGUCGAGGUCGCCGUCAAGAAGGUGUCCCAAGACUCGCGGCAGGGCCUGCGCGAGUUCGUCUCGGAGAUCGCCAGCUUGAGCCGGCUGCGCCACCGCAACCUGGUCCAGCUCCUCGGCUACUGCCGGCGGCGGGGCGAGCUGCUGCUCGUCUACGACUACAUGGUCAACGGCAGCCUCGACAAGCGCCUGUUCGGCGCCGGCGGCAACGAGCCGGCUCUGAGCUGGGAGCAGCGUGCCAAGAUCGUCCGGGACGUCGCCGCCGGGCUGCUGUACCUGCACGAGGGGUGGGAGCAGGUGGUGGUGCACCGCGACAUCAAGUCCGCCAACGUGCUCCUUGACGGCGACAUGAACGGCAAGCUCAGCGACUUCGGCCUCGCACGGCUCUACGACCACGGCAGCGACUCGCGGACGACGCACGUCAUCGGGACGCUCGGGUACCUCGCACCGGAGAUGAUCAAGACGGGCAAGGCCACGCCCAGCUCGGACGUGUUCGCCUUCGGCGCCUUCCUGCUCGAGGUGGCCUGCGGUCGGAGGCCCAUGGAGUCACUCGGCAACAAUGGCGACCCGGCGGGGCUCGUCGACAGCGUCCUCGAUCGCUGGAAGGCCGGGAGGAUCAAAGACGCCAGGGACCCUAGGAUCGGCAAGUGCGACGAGGACGAUCUCGAGCUGGUGCUCAAGCUCGGGUUGCUGUGCUCGCACCCUGACCCCCGCUGCCGCCCAAACAUGAGGGAGGUGGUGCAGAUACUGGAAGGCGCUGCGCCGGUGCCGGAGACGCCACCGGAGGAUCUAGGCGGCGCCGGCGUCAGGAUCUUUGGAUGCUACGAGUCGUUCGAUGAGUUCGUCAACGUGUUCCCGGCGACGUUCGAGAUCACCGCCGCCACGCCGCCGCCACCUUGUUCGCCUUCUAGCGCCGAGCACCACCAGCUAAUCUCCGGCUGAGCUCUGCCAUCACCAUCAGUUCUCAUCACUAAUAAAUUGAAAGUAAAUAACUUAUUGUCACUAAAUUAAUAAUUCUCUUGUCACUAAACUGCAAAUUUGUACUGCCGUGCGUAGGAUGCAAGGUUGGAAUUAAAAAGAGAGUAGUUAGGGGAUUAUUAGGUGUUGUAAAUCUUAUCUACUAGAAGGUGAACAUAGGAUAUCGAUCAUCAGACAGUUUUAGGCAUAAAUCAAAGAGAGAUUUUUGAACCUUUGUUGUCAUA